AUGAUGUGGACCACACAGAACUAUAUAAAAGACCUCCGUUUGCUCCAUGAAGUGAUAAGAAAACUAGACUACCUUUAACACCAGACAGAAGAUGUGGGACCCCUCAAACGUCUACAGAGCAGCUGGAAUGGAGACGUCCAACAGGAAAUCCCUGGCCCUCGUGUUGAUGCUGCUCCUGUCUCAAGCGGACUGUGACCCUCACAGUGUGGCCGAGUGCUGCAGAAAACCGUCUCGGUCCUGUCCCCUUUACGCGCUGUUCUGUGGCUCUGGCAAUAAGAGUUUUGGUGGAGCCCGUGCAGGAGAUGCUGCUGCUGGGAUCCUCACUCUGGGAAAGCGGAACGAGGAGGAGCAUCGCCUGGAAAGUCGACUCCAGCAACUUCUUCACAGCUCCAGGAACCAAGCAGCAGGAAUCCUGACCAUGGGGAAGAGGACUGAGGAGAUGGCAGGGGAGGAGUACAUGAAGUGGUUGGCCCUGUCUAAAACCACUAUCGUGACACCUUUUCCUUUCUAAAAUAAAUGAUACUAGGACAGGUAUUUAAAAAAACUGAAGAGGUCACUGUCACUUCUUUUCUUCUGGACAGACUCUUUCCUUUAUUUUCUUACAUUUUUCUUUUACAAGGCGAUGUCGGAAAGCUCCACAAAUGUGUCUCAAAAGGUUUGGUGACUCAAUAAAAAUCAUUGUGCUGACUGUAAAUCAUUUGAGUUUGUGUGAUUAAGGAAGGAAAAUACUUUUCUUCUAUAAUUAUAGACUGGAGAUUAAAUCAAAAAGUCAUUGUAAAUCUGAAGUGUGUGAAAUAUCUCGAUCAAUGAAGUAAAAGGCUUCUUCU